AUGUCAGGCCCUCAGGGUGGAGAUUCCAAGUUGUUUGCUAGGGGCAAGGUCGCCGAGUUACGGCUCGAGCUGAACAGUGGCGGCAAGAAGGACAAGAACAAUGCGAACAAGAAGAUUGCCCUCAAAAAAAUUGUCGCCAACAUGACCAUGAGCAACAAUGACAUGGUCGCACUCUUCCCCGACAUCAUUGGCUGUAUGCAUAUUCAAAGUCUGGAAAUCAAGAAGAUGUGCUUCUUAUUUCUGGUCAACUAUGCGAGGAUGCGACCUGAGAUUGCCAUCCAGGCCAUUCCUGUUCUGGAGCAGGAUAUGGAGGACCAUAACCCACUAGUGAGAGCCCUGUCUCUCCGGACGAUGUCCUAUAUCCAUGUUCGAGAGUUCGUCGAGGCGACUGUGCCUUUGGUCAAGCAUAUGUUGAAGGAUGCAGACCCUUACGUCAGAAAGACGGCAGCUUUCUGCGUAGCAAAGCUUUACGACCACGACCGGCGCAUGGUAGAGGGCUCAGACCUAAUUGACCGGCUUAACACUCUGCUCAGAGAUGACAACCCGACCGUUGUCGCUAGCGCAUUGGCAUCGUUGAUGGAUAUUUGGGAGCGAAGCGACGCAAUCAAGCUCACCAUCGACUAUAGCAAUGCCUCUAAGAUGGUGGCCAUUCUCCCGGACUGUUCCGAAUGGGGCCAGACAUAUAUUCUAGAGGCGCUGAUGUCGUACGUCCCCCAGGAAACAGGGGAAGCCUUGCUUCUUGCUGAACGUAUUUCGCCGCGCCUUUCGCAUUCUAACUCGGCCGUGGUUCUCACUUGCAUCCGUGUGGUGCUCUAUCUGAUGAACUACAUCUCGGACCAGAGACAGAUUACAAUACUUUGCAAAAAGCUGUCACCACCGCUGGUAACUCUUUUGGCAAAGGGGCCAGAGGUGCAAUACCUCGCUCUGAGGAAUGCGCUCUUGAUCCUGCAACGUCGGCCCGAAGUACUGCGCAACGACAUUCGAGUCUUCUUCUGCAAAUACAACGACCCCAUUUACGUGAAGGUCACAAAGCUGGAGCUUAUAUUUAUGCUCGCCAACGAAGGCAACAUCGACGAGGUUCUUACGGAGCUUAGAGAGUACGCCACUGAGAUUGACGUUCACUUUGUACGCAAGGCCGUGAGGGCGAUUGGCAAGUUGGCCAUCAAAAUCGAACCGGCGUCGCGGCAGUGUAUUAACCUGCUGCUCGAACUGGUUGCGACCAAGAUCACGUAUAUUGUGCAGGAGGCUACGGUCGUGAUUAGGAACAUCUUCCGCAAAUACCCUAACCAGUAUGAGUCUAUUAUUGGUACUCUGUGCGAGCACCUCGACUCCUUGGACGAGCCUGAAGCAAAGGCUGCCAUGGUGUGGGUAAUCGGACAGUACGCCGACAGAAUAGAGAACAGCGACGCCCUCCUCGAGGACUUUUUGUACUCGUUCGCGGAGGAGCCGGUCGAGGUGCAACUGGCGCUGCUUACCGCGACUGUCAAGCUGUUCAUCCAACGGCCGACCAAGGGCCAAGAGCUGGUACCGCGGGUGUUGAAGUGGGCAACGGAGGAGACGGACAACCCGGAUCUCCGGGAUCGAGCCUACAUGUACUGGCGUUUGCUGUCGACGGACAUGACCGCUGCCAAGCAGAUUGUUAUGGGAGAGAAACCGCCGAUCACUGCCGAGUCUGAGCGGCUCGAUCCGGCGACGCUGGAGGAGAUGUGUCUCAACGUUGGGACGUUGGCGACGGUAUACCUUAAGCCCGUGCAAACGGUGUUCCGCUCGGCGCGGCCAAGGAAGCUGCUGGACUCCCCCGCGCUGCAGAAACACCUACUUCCGACGUCAAUCGAGAACCAGAAGAGCUUGAGCAUGCUGGGCAUGGGUGGCCAGCCGCAGGAUGCCAACAUACACAGCCAGCACGUUAACCAGAACAACGGGGACUUGUCACAAGCCGUUAGUGACGCAGAUGCUUACUUCAACAGCAUCGGGCCCCAGCAAAUGGCGGCCAUGCGAAUCGACCAGGGCGACGUGUUUGGUGAAACGACGGGAUACGAAACAGGAUAUGUCGUCAACCAGCACGCGCCUCAGCAGGUUGUGCAGCCGGCGCAAGGUAACAACGGGGAUCUUUUGGUCCUUUAA